AAAAUGAAAAGAUAGCAAAAGCUGAAAGCAAUUGUGAAGGAAGAGCAAAAUAAGGAAUGACUUGGGUGUUAGAGCCGCCAUUUCAUUCUUCAAUACCAUUUCACUGUCAUCCUCAAAAUCUACAUAUCCGUCACGACAUUUCCUUUUCUACCCCUCGUUUCCACUGUUGCGCCGCACAACAAUCUACGGAGAAAGAAAGCCUUGCAAUAGUGUCGGUUGAUGAUGGCCCAAAAGAACGCCGCAAGAUUGUCCGACUUGCUUGGGAGAAGCUGGUCCGUUGGUCUCGUUCUUUGCGUUCUAAAGCCAAAACUGAUGUCCUUGAACGUACUAAUAAGAUAGUGGUUCUUGGAGGUGGAUCUUUUGGAACAGCAAUGGCUGCUCAUGUUGCAACAAGAAAGUCCCAGUUGGAAGUGAAUAUGCUUGUAAGAGAUCCUCAAGUUUGUCGAACAAUAAAUGAGGAACACCAUAACUGUAAAUAUUUUCCACAGUACAAGCUACCAGAAAAUGUCAUUGCAACUACUGAUGCGAAAGCUGCUCUGCUAGGUGCAGAUUUUUGCUUCCAUGCUGUACCUGUUCAGUACAGCUCAUCAUUCCUUGAGGAUAUUGCAAACUAUGUUGAUCCAGGCUUGCCUUUCAUAUCUCUUAGCAAGGGUUUAGAGCUAAACACAUUAAGAACGAUGUCCCAGAUAAUUCCCCAAGCACUGAAAAAUCCUCGGCAACCCUAUGUUGUCCUAUCUGGUCCUUCCUUUGCACUAGAGCUGAUGAAUAAACUGCCAACAGCACUGGUAGUAGCUUCAAAAGACAAAAAGAUGGCAGAUUCCGUUCAGCAACUUCUGGCUUCUAGAAACCUGAGGAUCAACACAUCAAGUGAUGUUACAGGGGUUGAAAUUGCAGGUGCAUUGAAAAAUGUGUUGGCAAUUGCAGCUGGCAUUGUGGAAGGACUAAAUCUUGGUAACAAUUCCAUGGCUGCUCUUGUUUCACAAGGUUGCUCUGAAAUUCGAUGGUUGGCAACAAAGAUGGGUGCUAAGUCAACAACAUUAACUGGUCUAUCGGGAACUGGAGAUGUUAUGCUUACAUGCUUUGUGAGCCUUUCAAGAAACAGAACAGUUGGUGUUCGUCUGGGAUCAGGGGAAAAACUUGACGAUAUACUUAGUUCGAUGAAUCAGGUAGCUGAAGGUGUUGCAACAGCUGGAGCUGUGAUUGCUUUAGCACAGAAAUACAAGGUUAAAAUGCCAGUUUUAACUGCAGUUGCAAGGAUUAUUGACAAUGAACUAACACCCACAAAAGCUGUUUUUGAAUUGAUGAAUCUCCCUCAGGUUGAAGAAGUUUAAAGAAUUCACUGGUGUUGGAAAGAUGAUGAUAGUUGCUGGGUGAAGCUGAACAUAUGUACAAACUGUGACUGGCUUAGUUUGCUGCAUGAGGCUCACAAUCAACAAGAGCGCGCAUGACCUUCUCCUGUUUACUGGCUGCAUAGUGCUCACUCUCUCCAAGUUUAUGGUGAUGAAAUCAGUCUCAGCUCUUUUUCACCACGUUAUUAGUUAUACAUGCAUAAAUAUGCUUUGAGAAUAUCGGUGGCAGCUGGAGUUUGUAAUUAGUCAUCAAUCGAAUGAACAUGUGGAGAGGAACUUACAGUUCCUGAUCUAAAGUUCAAUAUUAUUUGGCGUAAGAGCGUGUUCAUUUCUUGUCAGCUUAUUUUCUUUUUCUUUUUGUAUUUUGACAAUGAGUUAGUGUAACUGUAAAAACAUUACGGCUAUGCUUAUUUUAUUUUACACAUAAAUUUAUGUUCCGCGUCGAAA